ACAUGAUGAGGACGGCACGCGAGCGCGUUGCCUCCUAUACCGCAUGUACGUGCGUCGCGAUGUAAAUACAAAAUAGUGAAAUGAAUAACAGUUAUGAAAAAUGUCUACAAGACAAUAUUGACUUUGUAUUGUAAUUUCGUGUCUAAAUUUUUUUAAUUGCCCUUUUGAAUUCAUCGGUAAAGACAAAUGUGUGUAGAAAAUGUUUCAAUUGCUAACUGUUUUAUUAGUGACUUUAGGUGUUAAUGCCGCGUAUGCUCCAAAGGGUGUGGAUAAUUGUUAUCAGCCGAAAAGUGAUGAAAGUGUUACAGUGUGUCGUGUACGGACGCUGGAUGCUACUGGAUCCUCUUUAGGAUAUGCUUCUUCAGAAAACACAAAACAUUUAAAUGUCGAAUGUAAUCAGGUGCUUCUUUUCGAAAGUUACCUUGAAGCAAACUAUUUCCAAAGAUUUUCAUCGCUCUCAGAACUAACACUUCAGAACUGUAAACUACUUAGAAUACCGGGCAACACGUUUGAGGGAUUACGUGAACUGAAAAAGUUGUUGAUUCGAUCGAAAAACAACGAUUGGAAUAAAAACUUGGAACUCUCACUGGGGACUUUUAACGGAUUGCGGGAACUACAAACACUCGAUUUAGGAAAUAACAAUUUAAAAGCAAUACCGUCGGAUGUAUUUUGCCCGUUGGAUAAUUUGCAAGUGUUAAAUUUGACCAAUAAUAAAAUUCGAAGUGUCGAUCGUCUCGGAUUUGGGAAGAGCUGCGGUUCCGGUUUAAGGAGUUUAGACUUAAGUAAUAAUGAAAUUAAGUCUUUAUCUGAAGAGUCUGAGAUUACUGGACUAAGAAGACUCCAAGAAUUACGAUUACAACACAACAAUAUUACUGAUAUUUCAGGUGAAACUUUUAAUGGGCUUAUUUCUUUACGAAUAUUAAAUAUUUCCAACAAUAAUAUCCAGUCUAUUCCCGAGGGUACGUUUGCAAGCACAAAAGAAUUAAGAGAGGUGUAUUUAAAUAAUAAUAUACUAUUUGAGUUAGCCCGAGGCGUUUUCCACCGAUUAGAACAGCUGCUUGUCUUAGAUUUAUCGAAUAAUCAGCUCUCAAGCGCUCAUAUUGACGGUGGAACAUUUAUUGGCCUUAUACGCUUAGUCAUUCUGAAUUUAUCCAAUAAUGCCUUGACGAGAAUAGAUGGCAAGACAUUCAAGGAUUUAUUCUUCCUUCAGAUAUUAGAUCUUAGGAACAACUCCAUCGGUUACAUUGAAGAAAAUACAUUCCUUCCUUUGUACAAUUUACAUACUUUAAAUUUAGCAGAAAAUCGUUUACAUACAAUAGAUGAGUUUUUAUUUAAUGGUUUGUUUGUACUUAGUAAGUUAAAUUUAAAUAACAACUUGUUAAUUAAUAUAGAUGCAAAAUCAUUUAAGAAUUGUUCUGAUUUAAAAGAAUUAGAUUUAAGUUCUAACCAAUUAAAUGACGUUCCCUCUGCUAUUUGGGAAUUAUCUCUAUUAAAAACUCUUGAUCUUGGUGAAAAUUUAAUAACUGAUAUAAAAAAUGGAUCUUUUCGUAAUUUAGAUCAACUAACUGGAUUAAGAUUAAUUGAUAACCAAAUUGGUAACUUAACUGUUGGUAUGUUUUGGGAUUUACCGAGCUUACAGGUACUAAAUUUGGCAAAAAAUAAAAUACAAUCCAUAGAGAGGGGAAGUUUCCAAAGAAAUAAACAAUUAGAGGCAAUAAGAUUGGAUGGCAAUUUUGUAUCUGAUAUUAAUGGAGUAUUUUCAACACUAUUAAGCUUAUUAUGGCUUAAUUUGUCAGAAAAUCACUUAGUGUGGUUUGAUUAUGCUUUUAUACCAAGUACCUUAAAAUGGCUAGAUGUACAUGGAAACUUCAUUGAAAAUUUAGGAAAUUAUUACAGGCUCCAAGAUGAAAUUCAUAUAAAAACUUUAGAUGUGAGUCAUAACCGAAUUAUUGAAAUAUCUCCAUUAGCAAUCCCAAAUAGCGUCGAACUGUUAUUCAUAAAUAAUAAUAACAUAAACAACAUCCAAGUAAAUACAUUUAUGGACAAACGCAAUCUUACCAGAGUCGAUAUUUACGCAAAUGAGAUAUCUCAUUUAGAUAUCAACAGCCUCCGGUUGUCCCCGGUUCCUUCGAACAAGUCGCUCCCUGAGUUCUAUAUCGGAGGAAAUCCGUUUAUCUGUGAUUGCUCGAUGGAAUGGUUGCCUUUAAUAAACAAUAUGACUGCAAUGAGACAACACCCUAGAAUUAUGGAUUUAGAAAAUGUUUUGUGUAAAAUGACGCUUGCGAGAGGUGUUACACAUAUUCCACUUAGUAAUUUACAAUCCACGGAUUUUUUGUGUGCAUACGAAACACACUGUUUUACUUUAUGUCAUUGUUGUGAUUAUUUUGCCUGCGAUUGUCAAAUGACUUGUCCUAAUAAUUGUUCUUGUUAUCAUGACUCAACAUGGCAUAAUAAUGUUGUUGAUUGCUCGGCCCAACGUGCCAAUACUACAGAAAUACCAGAUAAAAUACCCAUGGAUGCAACUGAGGUUUAUUUAGACGGAAACAACUUCAGAGAAUUGCAAAAUUAUGCAUUCAUUGGUAGAAAAAAUAUGAGAUCGCUGUAUGUAAAUUCAAGCGAAGUCGAAAAUAUACAGAAUAGAACGUUCGCCGGAUUAUCCUCUCUCAUUAUUUUACAUCUUGGAAACAAUAAACUAAAACAUUUAAACGGCCAUGAGUUCGAACAUCUGACACUGCUUAACGAGCUUUAUUUGCAAAAUAACUUCAUUAGCCAUAUAGCAAACUCGACAUUUUCAUCUUUAGAUUCAUUGAAAAUACUAAGAUUAGAUGGAAAUAGAUUAAUGGACUUUGCCGUGUGGAGUUUGAGUAAUAAAAAUAACUUAAAUGCAUUAUCAUUAGGAAAUAACAUGUGGUCUUGUAAAUGUCGAUAUUUACAGAGGUUUACAGCAUUUAUAUCUGACAACGUUCCUAAAAUUAUUGAUAUGGCAGACAUAUGGUGUUGGAACAUUGACUCGCAGUCGCCACAAAAGAAAGAACUCAAUCUUAAUGGUACAAUAUGCAGCGACUAUUAUGCUGGAGACUCUGUAAUAAAUAAUGCAUUUGUCUCAAAUUACAUGCCUAUGGUAACUACUUUCACUGGAUUUAUUCUGAUCAUACUAGUCAUCCUUGUGACUUUCUUAUUUAGAGACACGAUUCGUAUAUGGCUUUAUACAAGCUGCGGAAUAAGAUUGUUUUCAUUCACUGGAGCGUACGAUGACACUGAUAAAUUAUACGAUGCUUAUGUGUGCUACAGCCCCAAAGAUGAUGAUUUUGUUAUUCAAACAUUAGCCGCUGAAUUGGAAAAUGGAAGUCCUUCUUAUCACUUGUGUUUACAUUAUAGAGAUAUACCACAGCAUAGGGUUGCAUAUAUGCAAUGUUCAAUACCUCUCUUAGAAGCAGCAGAAGCUUCUAAACGCAUAAUUAUAAUACUAACGAGUAAUUUUAUGGAGACAGAAUGGUCCCGAUUCGAAUUUCGAAAAGCACUACACCAAAUCUUGAAGUCUCGAAUUUAUACUUUAGUUAUUAUAAAAGAAAACUCAGUAUUGCCCAAAGCGGAUAGUGAUCCGGAAUUGAGGCCAUAUUUAAAAACGUGUGUUAGAAUAAAAUGGGGCCAGAAGAAAUUUUGGAAAAGGUUGCGUUAUGCGAUGCCGGAUAGUAAAUUUAAAUUAAAAUCCACCAGUUACAGGAAUAAUAUAAAUACUUACAAUAAAAGAGGUAACAUGCAGAAUGGAACGAUGAGAUCAUUUUCAUUUACAGAAAAAAUGAGAGGAUCGGCUGAUGGAGUGAGCUCUAAUCCAGAAUUUGUGGAGGACCGUCCACAGCAAGCUCAUAUCAUGUCAUACGCACCCGAGGGCAGGCCUCCGUCUGAUCAUAUAUAUUCCUCAAUAGAUUCCGACUAUUCCUCAUUAGAACUAGGAGGUAAUAACCCAAAUAGAAGGCGUGAAUUUAGGCACUGGCCUCCUCCACCGCCUCUUAUUGACACCCAGUCCUCAGGACAAGCGUUUCUUGUCUAGUCUAUGUGUUAACAAACUCAUUAUUAAAAUCAUUUAGUCAAAGCUUCAUGUGUAUAUUGUAUUAAUCGCAACGCGCGCUUUACCAAAUAAUUAAGAUUUUAAUCUAUUUUUGUAAUUUCUCGCCAUUACAAAGGGCGGUCAUUUCGUAUAAUAUUUGUGUAAAUACAUUCUAUAAGACUGCUGUAGCAUAUAUUAUGUGAAUUUGUAUAUAGUGUGUAAAUAAAUGUCCAUAUAAGUCACGAGUAUACUAUUUAUAUACUUUAAUAAAGCCAUUGUGAUAAUUUUGCAUAUAUCCAUCUUUUAUUUUC